AAGGGAGAAGCCAGUCCAGUUCUCUGCAGCCUCCUGUCAGCCCACUCAGAGAGAACCUUCUGGCCACCAUGGCUCUCCGCUCAGUGAUCGCCUCCUGCCUCCUGGCUGCUGCUCUCUGCAUCCUCCAAGCCCAAGGAAGAAAGAGCUCCUCCGUGGACUGCUGUGAGGCCGUGAAAGACGUGCGCCUGGAGGUGGGGAAGAUGAGCCGCUUCCAGUCCUACGUCCUCCAGGAGCCCGCCAUGGGGUGCCCCAUCUCGGCCAUUGUGCUGAUCACCAAGAAGGGACGUGGGCUGUGUUACCCUCCUAACUCCAGAUGGGCUUUGGCUCUCAAAAACGCACUGGACCAAAGAGAGGCCCGGAAGGCACGAAGAUCUCAAGCCUAGGAGGACAGCAAAGCCUUCCCUGCCAUUGAAGUGAGAUGGAGCAGACUCCCAAAGGAACCCCCUCUGCAGUGACUAUGAAUAAAGGCAGCCUCGCACUCCGCAUUUACCUCCUUCUCUGUCAAUGGGUGGGUGGCAGGGGACCGCGUACGCUCUUUUCUCAGAUUACUCUGACACACGUUGCCCCCCCCGGCCCCCGAGAGCUUCCUCUACCUUUCUGUUUGAUGACCUGGGUUUGAAAUAUCAGCGCCUGGAUUCCUGGGUUAGAGGACUCAUGGCCCUGGGUGCCUCGUGUGCCAUGCCCAGCCUGCGCAGAGGGACACUGCAGCCUCUGGAGCCCUGAUCAUCACACUCCCACCAAAGGGGAUAUUCAGAGCUUAAUUGCACCCAGGUUUGAAUCCCAGGGCCUGGUUUUAAUGCCUGACCCGAUCCCUAGAUUAUGUGAAGCAAUAAGGAAAUGGACAUAUCUCAGAGCAUGUACAGAGUGCAUCCCCCUAAGCCCUGAGCAACCACAGCCUAAGUUAAGCCUCACAGGCUAAGCAGGGCUUUGAGGGCAAAGAGUGGCAUUCAUUGGCAGGCAAAGUUCAAGAAAACUUUUUUAAAAAAAGGAAAAGUUAAUCACUGGGUACCUUCUUCAAGAUGGCAGCUUCCGUUUUU